AUGUACUUUUUCUCAGCCUCUGUCUCAACAUCGAAAGAGGAACUGGCCGACACCAAAGCUCGGGUUCGGGAACUGGAGACGAUCUUGCUCGGACUUAAGCAAAGCCAUAAAGGGCUAGCAGUCCCUUCUCCGAGCAGAACUGCUUCUCCUGGGCCCCUCAGCCCACUUUCGGUGGCUUCUUCGCUCGCAUCCGUAGCUGCGACGGCGAGUUAUCUGCCUGAUACACGCGAUUUCGAUACCGCAUUGGCAGCUUUCCAAUGGCACAUUUCCUACUGCGGGCUCGGAAGUGCUCUUUCCACCCAAAGAGCGGCUUUUUACUCCCUCAUUGAACAGCAAACUGGUUGCACAUUUAAUGUGGAUGUUUUUGCCCAUGAGGUCACCCAAUCGUUCAAAGCAGCGCAACUCAAAUCAACUAAAAAGGUAGUUGGUAUUAAGUGGCCAGGGUCCGCACUUGUUCAGCAAUGCUUAGAAUACUUUGACAGAAAUGGGCUGUACUCUAUAUUUCCCAUUGUUGAUGUGGAGGCGAUGCAGAUCCUUCUCAAUGCAAAUAUUUUGGAUCAGCCACCACACACGACUCGUGUUGCCAAUCGUGCCUGCCUGGUCGCUUUUGCUGCAAUGAUCACCCAAAUUCACCGCCAUGAAGCUGCUUUUGCAGGUACUGACCCCGACGCCUAUGCGCAAGCUGCGCUCACGCUACUUCCUGAAUUGUUACUCGAGCCUCCCGAUUUGAGGACUCUAGAAGCAGUUACAAUAUUGAUGCUUUAUAUCACUCCUCUUGGCAGGCCCCAAGCGGGAGAAUUACUACUAGGCAUCGCAGUGCAGCUUGUUUAUAAUCUUGGCGCAAACAAAAUACAAAGGCCCCACGAGAUACAUAGAACAGACCAGCGAAGCCAACAUCUCCGGGCUAUGUUCUGGCAUUGCUACGCCAUCGACAAAGAAUUUUCUAUUCGAAAAUCUCAACCACCCUUGAUAAAUGAUGACGAUUGUGAUUUAGAUCUACCCACGACAUAUGCCCGAAACACAUCAGAGCGCCACUUCUAUAUGAAACCGUUGUCCUCGAAGGAGCUCCUUUUCCCCUCAGAUCUCCGGUUCUCCGUGCUCAAAUCUAAGAUUUUUCGGUUGCUUUAUUCGGUGCACGGUCAGGCAUUGCCUGAAGCUCGGCGUCUUCAACAUAUCCGCGAACUGGAUCAGGAAUUGAGCGAUUUGAAACAAGGGUACCCCGUCGACUGUCGGCCUGAUGUUUUUGCUACCGAGAGCGCACCGGACUAUCUCUUCCAUGAUCUCAGUAUUCGCGGUGUCAAUAUUCACUUGGAAUAUUAUUACUGUCUCGGGAAAAUUCACGGAGCGAGUAGCUCUUGCAGGAUACCUUCGCCGCAGAGCUGGUCGCCUCUGCCAUCUAGUGCUGAGCUGUGCUUUGAAGCUGCGCGGUCUUCCUUGAUCUAUAUUUGGCGAACCCGUCAGUUUGUCAACCAUCAUACAUUCUGGAUCCACGCACAAUUUCUUCUUUCGGCUGUUUUCUCGGUCUUUUGGUAUCUCAUCACGGUCCCAACUUCGCCCACUUUUGCCCGGGAUCUCAAGACCUUGGAGGAUAUCGCUGAGCUGCUGGCUCAGCUUAACAAACCCACAGAUGACGGGCAAUCAUUCCCGCCGUUUUAUCUAUCGCAGGCUUUCAUUGAGAGGUUGAUCUCGCUGGCGAGGCACUCCCGGCCUCAGAUUGCAAGCUCAUGA